UUUAAAAAAGAAAAGACCAGUGCCGACCUCCAGGAGCUGCGAGCGGUUUAACGGAGAUAAAUGUGCAAAGGCCUGAGCACUGGCCACGGGGAAUCGGGUGGCGGCUCCUGGACCAGCCAGGGUCACCUCGGACUCUGGACCCAGGGCCUGGCGCCAGGGCCCUGCGGGGAAGUGCAGGGUCGAGGUCAGAUGUCCAGGGUGAGGCCAAACUCAGGAGGCUGGGGCUUGGGGACCAGACGUGACUUCCUGGGCAGCACCGGACAGUGGACUCCGACCCAGGACGUGUUCAUCUGCCCUCGGUGUUGCUCAGACCUGGCACCGACCGCCUCCGCCAUGCUGCCGCCCAGGACUGCCCUCCUCUGGACUCUGGUCCUGGCUGCUGGCUUCCUGGGUCUGGGGGCUCGGAGACCCCCCCAGCGCCCGUCCCCCAUCAGCGCCAUCCAGCCCAAGGCUGGCUUCGCCGCUCAGCAGUUUGCAGGGACUUGGUUCCUCGUGGCCGUGGCCUCCUCCUGUCGCUUCCUGCAGGAGCAGGGCCACCGUGCCGAGGCCACCACGGUGAAGGUGGCGCCCCAGGGUGCAGCCAUGGCUGUCAACACCUUCCAGAAGCUGGAUGGCAUCUGCUGGCAGGUUCGGCAGCUCUACAGAGACACGAAGGUCCCGGGCCGCUUCCUGCUCCGAGCUCGAGGCGCGAAGGGAGAUGUGCACGUGGUUGUCGGGGAGACGGACUACCAGAGCUUCGCCAUCCUGUACCUGGAGCGGGCGCGGCGGCUGUCGGUGAAGCUGUACGGUGCGUCCCGGUGGGCGCCCUGGCUCCGUGCACACUUGGCUCCACCAGGGAGCUGGACCAGCCCCGAUGGACACACAGCCCCC